AUGCUCCGGGCUGUCCUCCAGGCCAAUAAGAACGGGGUGUCCAAGGCGGAAUACAGGCCGCUGACGGGGGAGUUCAUCCCUGACCGAAAACUGGGCUACCCUUCACUGGAAUGCUUCCUCCGCAGUAUCCCCUCUGUGGUCAGGAUGGAGAAUUGCAUUGGGGAGAUAAUGUGCUUCGCCGCAGUCUGUCAAGAAACGGCCCACAUCGCUCAGCUGGUCGCCCGUCAGAAGUCCAGCAAGAGGGCGCCUGGCAGCUCCCAGAUGCUGAACUGUCAGAUGAGGUCGAAAUUGGCUUCAAACUUUGUGUUUUAUGCUCCCUCCGUUACCAUCAGUAACGUCUCUGCUCCUCCUCCGACGCCCAAAGCCCUUCAGCCGGGAGGCUGCAACCCCCAGGUGGUCCAGAGUCGGAUCUCUGAGGUGCUGAAGAAGUACUGCAGUGGUCUGUGGCUGUCCAAGCUGCCCUCUGUGUACCGGGACAUGCACAACCAGGACCUACCUGGCCAAGCAGUCAUAGACCUGGAGAACUGGACACAUAACUGCUCAGUUGAGAAGCCUGUUAGUACCAAUCGCGCAGAUAGGCUGGUCUACCCCCCUCAGCCCAAACCCCCCAGCACUGCUGUCGCACCAGUCAAACCCCCAACGGCCCCUUAUACUGUCAAACCAGCCACAACCCUCCUAGCCAAACCCAUCACUACCGCUCCAGUCAAACCAGUCACCGCCAACCCAGUGAAACUGGCCCCUCUAUUCUAUUCACUGCGGAGCCCCUCCUUGAACCAGAGUCAGACUUCGCCUACUCCACCGGCCCCCUCGUGGAAGAACUCCCCGACCCAUACCCCCACCUCUCCAACUGCCCCCUCUACCGUGUGGAAGCCCUCUCCUUCCCACCUACUCCCUACACCCACCUGUCAUUUGUGGAGACCCUGCCCUACGUCCUUCUCGCCCUCAUGGAAGCCCACAACUACCUCUUUCUCCCCUACUCCCUACUCCCCCCCCCCUCACCCCCACCUCCCCAACUCCUCCCUUCCUCACCUCCCCCACAUGGAUGGACUGAAGGAGCUGCUGUCUAAAUACAGCCACGGCCUGUGGGCCCACGCACUCCCCAAGCUCUACCAGGAGACCUUCAAGGUCCCCUUCCCAGAGGACAUCCUGGCCAACCUGUCUCUCUUACUGGCCAUCUGCACCAUGGAGUACCCCAUGCCCGACAACAAAAAUAAGGCCAUCAUUUACGGCCCCGGCCAAGACUGCCUUGUUGCUCUACAGGUGUACUACGUGGACCAUGGCUUCUCUGAGGUCCUCAAUAGAACCACGCUAUUGGAGCUGCAGAAAGACUUCCUCAAGCUGCCCUUCCAUGCGGCUACCUGUACACUAGCUGUUAACCAAGUUCAACUCCCAUUUCCCCCGUCUCUUCUGAGCGUCGCAACUACGAUGUGUCUACUGAGAAGGAUUCGUUGGAAAGACGAGUUGGGAUUUGCGGUCAACAGCACCUAUACGAAUGUGUCUGUGACCGACGUGUGUUCUGACGAAAGCGUCUUCUGCCAGCUGCCCUCCCGAGGUCGGGUCAAGCUCAACAAGAUCCUGGAGAAGAUCGAGGCCUUCUUCAUAAGCCAGGUGAUGUCAGAGUCUCUGGUGUCCACGCCGUUCUGUGGGAAGUGCUGCCUGGCCCUGUACAAAGGAAGGUGGUCCAGAGUAGAGGUAGGAGACUAUCACCAACCUCCAUGGUCACAAAUUUGAUUUGUGGACCUGGGAGUCCCAGCCUCUGUAGAGGUGAUAGAGCUGAGAGAGAUCCCUCCUCUGUUCCUGUACAAGCUCAUGGUCAUCCCACCACAGGUGUGCCUCCCCCGGACCCCAGAAGGACGGUCUCCCUACCCCCAGUUUCCUCGACACCAUGGUCGCCAACAUGGUGGGUCAGUUUACCCUCGACAGCCCAGCCCGCGCCCUAUCCCUGUCUCCACAAAGACACCCAGCCCUCUGGAUGGUGCUGGGGACACGUCAAAAGUGCUCACCCCCACUUUGGUCACCUGCGCUUGGGGAGAGAAGCAGCUGGCGCUGUCCCUUCUCAUGGAGCUUCCCCAGGCGGGCCAGAACAUGGACGUCUACGUGUCUGUGACCUGUCACCCGGGACACUUUGUGCUGCAGCCAUGGCAAAAUGACCUGUACAAGCUGAUUGGAGAGAUGGUCCUUUACUACAACCAGAGGGAGAAGACGCCGGGGCCCGGAGAUGUACAGAAAGGCCAGGUCUACGCCGCCAAGGUGGACCAUAAGUGAGUGGACAGAUUAGGGCUUGGAGGCCUCCACAGUUUUUUGAUUUUAUACAAAUGAAAAAAGCCAGUCACACACUUGUCUCUGGAAUGAAGUCUGACGUCAUUGUGUUUUUAGUCCUAGCUGAUUUAUGGGCUUUGUUUUGUUUUCACAUGGCUGAGGCAAUAACUGUUAGUGAAGAAGCCCCUGGUGACCCAUGUGGAGUGUGGUGUAGGCGGAGCUUCCCUGGGACAGGAAGGUGAUUGGUUGAUUAA